AUGCUACACUUGCAAUUCGCCUGAUCCAGACACAUUGCCUUACUUGCUAGCCAGCCUUACCAUCAUCGAAGGAUCGCAAGGCUGUUUUGUUAUUUCUGCAGCCUGAGAUCACCUUGCUCGUGCUUUAUAACCCCUCACUGUCUUUUCUUGUCUUCCCAGAAAAUCACCUGGCGCACGACAAACUUUUCCCGGUGCGAGAACUCGACGCCGAUAAAUGUGGCGUGGGAAGGCCAGGCAGUCCGCAACGGCAGGCUGGCGGCGCGAUGAGCAGAACCGCAUGAUCUUACUACUAAUUCCCCCACAGGUCAGACUAGACCACACAGAGAAAACACCUAAUCACCGAACAUCUGAGCCAGCGAGACCUGACACCGCAACCAUAACCACUCUUCCCACCGAACUCAUCCACAUCGUCGUCGACUAUCUCCAUCCCGUCGACCGCGUCUGUCUAGCCCUCACCUGUAAAUCCUUGGCCUCUGCCGUGCUCUCGGCUCCGCGGCUCUGCCCGACGACAUGGUCCCGCUUCAACGACCAGCGCUAUAGCUGGCUCCUCCCUGAGUCCUACAGCCUCAUUCUCCGACUCGCGCACGGUUGGAUACCGAAAGACAAGCUCCGCUAUUGCUGGAAGUGUCACAAGAUCCUGCCGCGUCAAGCAGAGUACUUCCGCAGGAGACUGAUCUACAAGAAGAAUCCGAAAUGGGAUGCGAAGUUACAAAUCCAGAAGUCGACGUGGGAGCACAUGUCGAAACGUGAUAGAUACAAACAUUUGAUUGAGAUGUGGUGUGGCUCCCCAAUGGAGGACAGUAGCAGUGUAUACUGCGACUUUUGUCGGGAACAGAACCCUGCUGCUCCCCUGGUUUACCCUGUUAUAUGUCCUGUUUGUAUGGAACAGGAGUUGACAUUCCUCUGGAAGAUACCGCGGAAGCCGUGGCUCAGAAAGAUGCUAGGGAAAGUGUUUGUGUUCAUGUGCAAGUCUGUCGGUGUGGUGAUAGGUCUGGUGCUUGGAGUCAUCGUAUGGACGAUCCGGUCGGUGUAUACCCAAGGUCGCAAAGGCUGGAAAGCAAUAUGCUGCUGAGGCCCGGGCAGCGAGUUGGCCAGAUAUGAGCUAUGACGCAUUUGCUAUUUGCAGCGAAUUUCUUACAGCAGGAGAAUAACUACUGUACGUCUGCAACGACAGAGAAGAAACUGCAAGUCAAAUUCAUUCAAUUGCUGAG